AUGAAUGAUGAACAAAAGGUACAUCUGGCUACUCUUUAUUUGGAUGGAAACACUGAUGUCUGGUUUCAGGACUAUCAGGAAGGUAAAGGCUCUCUUUAUUGGGAAGAUUUUAUUAUAGAUGUUUGUACUAGAUUUCAGGAAUUAGGUCAUGAUAAUGUUGUAGGAGAGUUUAAAAAACUUGAUAAUGUUAACACAGUUUUAGAGUAUCAAGAACAAUUUGAAGAAUUAAAAGCUUUAAUGUUAGCUAAGAAUCCAUCUCUGACUGAAGAGUAUUUCAUUCAUAGCUUUAUUAGUGGCCUUAAAGAAGAUAUACGGAUGGUAGUUCAAAUGUUCACUCCUAACACAUUACAGCAAGUUAUUUUCCUAGCUAGGAGAUAG